AGUGCCACUGAACUACUUUUGACAAAAAAUAUUUUUCCUCUUUUAAUGCGCUUGUUCUAUGAAACAAUUACCGCUGAUUCGAUUGGCAGCAUUAUUUUUGCAUUUUGAUAAAGGGAAAGGCGUUUUGGGGGGGUUUAUUUGCCCCAUGGUUUUGUGAAAAAGGCCUGGGGCGAGUGACGCAUUCUGAUUUAUACAAUCCGCCAACCCAAUUCACAACAACGUACUUCGAGGAAUAACGAGGCAGAAGGAACGUAUCGAUGUCAGAGACGGAUAAUUCAGAUGUCUCUUUUGCAACAACAAGUGACGACGAGACUAUCCUUGAUCACGAUAGAAUAGAGCAGCAACAGUGUGACGUGGCAACUAGUUUUGAGCCCUAUCAGGAUGAGCCUCUUGCUUCGUCAUCGAGUAGCGAAGGACUGGCCGACGAUGACCCUGACAUCGAUGGAAUUCCGUUCGAGGCUCUGGAAGCAAGGUACGAAAGAAGGGUGCCAAUUGAGGAAUGGUGUCAUUGUGGGAAAUGCUCUGUUGAAGGCCUAGUCGCUUCUAGGGAAUACAGAUGCUGUUGGGAGGUACAACAGGCUAUUGGACAGUUGGUAUUUCAGGGCACAGCAGAAGAACUGAGAUGUGUUACUAAUCAUCCAGAUUUCUCUGCUUUAUCAAACAAAACUGUCCUAAAACUUGCUGGAUCUCUUUUCAAAACUAGGGAUGGAAAAUGCUACAAGCGUCAAGCAAAUCAAACAGAAAAUGAAUUUUUAAGAGCUGUUGCAUACAGAUGGCUUAUUCGCUGGAUGUUUGGCUUUCUUGGAUACGAUAAUGCCCGACCUCUCCCAGCCUGCAUAUAUAAAUUCAUAAGAGAGAGAUUCCCAACAGGAGCAAAAAAGGGAUACAAAUCGAGUCAACAACGCGACCUUGUAGACUGAAGCAGGUUUUAAGUUGUAUGCCAUUCAAAAUGUGUAGGUUAUGAAAACACAAGACUGCUGCUUACAUCUUUUUGUAAGGUUUGCAUGUAAAGGUGUAUGAAAGUAAGAUAUUCCUCCUAAUCCAACAUUAUUUGCUAGGA